UAAUAAUUAAAACUUUCUGAAUUAACUAGAUUGACUUUAUUGAUUUGGCAUUUACAAGUACCAACACAAACAAUUGGCCAGUUAACUUCGAGUUACACUUGGUCUUAGAAAAAAAUUCGUCCAUAUUUUACUACUACUCCAUUCACAAGUACUUAAGAGAUGGUUACACUGCCGAACAGCUAAGAUGGGCGUUAAGAGGCAACGAGGACCCAUUCAAGUACUACAGCGUAGACGGAAGGCGAGCAGGGCCUAUGCCCAGCCAGAAGGAUAUAGACUCAGGUCAGUAUGUUCAAGACUGGACGUACAUGUUCGCAGAUGGAUCAGUUUAUUCAAAAUAUCAGCAAAUAUCGCCUAAUGAAGACAUAAACAGUGUGUUCGGUAUUUAUGGCGAUCGUAUUGGAUUGUCUCUACUGCAGACACACAAAGAGUGGGUCAGUGGCGGACCAUUCAAGCAGGACCUGACAACUCACACCGGACAAAUGCUGCUCUUUCAUGAACAUUCGGAUCACUACGGUACUCCAGAACUGGUGCCCACCAAAGGAUGGACCAAAGUGUACGGUCCGAUCGGCUUCUAUCUCAAUGAUGGUCAAAGUCUUUCGCAAAUGUAUGCUGACGCUCAGAGACAACUCAGAGAUGAGGAGAAAAAGUGGCCGUACCAAUUUGUCACCGCACCAGAAUACAAUGCACAAAGAAGGGGCAGUGUGUCAGGAGUACUCAAUGUGGAUGGGUCGCCUAAUAAGGAGUGGGUAUAUCUUAUCCUGACCGAACCUCAUGUCGAUGACCCCCAGUUAGAAACGGCUACCUACAUGUAUUCGGCAACUGCUAAAGAAAAUGGUGAAUUCACAAUACCAGCUGUGAGACCAGGCACGUACAAACUACAAGUAAUAGCUAAGGGUGUAGUUGGAAAAUACGUUCAAAACAACAUUAAUGUGCAGGGAAAUAAAAAUAACGAUCUUGGCACGAUCAAUUGGAACCAGGAGAGCAAUGGUCAAUUGCUUUGGCAGAUCGGUGUACCUGAUAGAAAUUCGGCAGAGUUCAAAUCGCCACCUGGCUUUCCAUCACCGAUUCCUAAUUUAGAAGAAUACCGCAAGUUUGGCACAUGGCUCAGAUAUUCCAAAGAAUUUCCUAAUGAUCCAGACUUCACAGUAGGUCGUAGUGACCCGGCUAAAGACUGGUGUUAUUUCAUGCCCAUGAUCAAGACGCCUGGCUACCCUGACCAACUCAAAUUAGUUAAUAUCACCCAAAAUGUGCAACCUACCAGCUGGAAGGUCAGAUUUGACUAUAGUGGAUCAACUGCGGGCACCGCUACAUUGACCUUGGGAUUUGCGGCUAGGGUUAGAGCUGGUAUUCGUGCGCUGAUCAAUGGUCAGGAGAUUCUUAAGGUGGACAAUUUUGAUGGACCCCAAGGCGAUUCUGCGCUGUUUCGUCAAGCAGCGCAUGGUAUAUUCCGCCAGCAAAGUGUGUCGUUUAGUCAGUCACUGCUACAAGGAAAUAAUAUUCUCGAGUUCACACCUCCUGGUGCAGUGAGUCAGAAUCAUUUUGACAGAAUGGUGAUGUGGGACUUCUUGAAAAUGGAAGUCAGUAGUUAAUUGUGUAUUUCAUGUACUUCAAAUAUGUUUUGCUACUUACUUGAAAGUUAUCAAUCAAUAAAAAUUUAAAAACUA